UAUAUAUUUCCUUGGGUUAUUUUAAGGCACAUCUGGUAUCCUACUUGUCAAAUUUUCUUUUCAAGAAAUGGGCAUCAUUCGGUUUCCUUCUUUGAGUAGCAAAACGAAAAGCUUCAGCAAACUGCAAGGAUUAUGCAACCGAAACAAGUUGGAUGUUCCGAAAGGUUAUUUGGCUGUCUAUGUUGGAGAAAUUCAAAAAACUCGAUUUGUGGUUCCGUUAUCAUUUCUUGAACAUCCUCUAUUUAAAGAUUUGCUUCGGCGGUCCGAAGAGGAGUUCGGGUUUGACCAUCCUAUGGGUGGUCUAACAAUUCAUUGCCAAGAAGACAUCUUCACUAAUCUAAUUUCCAGAUUGCAUGUUUCAUGAUCCGAAUUGUUGUAGGUUGAUUUUUUUGGUUUUGUUAAAAUGAUGCUAGUUUUUAACACCAUUAGAGAAAGCUUCUAAACCAUGUAAAAAUCCCCUGCCAACACCCUUUUUUUGUUAUAAGGGGGUUAGUCAUUUUGAACAAUAAUGUAGGUGUUUAUGAUAUCAUUAGUUGUUGAAGGAAUACAUAGUUCUUUUCAUUGAGCAA